ACCGGUAAGCAUUGAAAGCGUGAGCACCACUCCGAAAUAACUCACUGGAAGUGAGCGUUUCUGCAUCGCCUUUCACAAGGAUGCUGUGAGUUCCAUCCUUCUCACUUCGCCAUUGUUUUCAUCAUCAUCUGUUGUGGAUGUUUUUUUUUCGCUUCAAACUCACCAUCGCGUGUUGUGGAAAAAGCGAGUUCGUGAGACCAUUGCGUGAGUAAACAAAUGUUGUUUAUUUUCCACGCAAUCAAUGCGCGAGAGAAAGUGCGAGCACUGAGUAUAGCCCGCAUUACACUGCUCACUUGGUGAGUAAAGCAUGAGAAGAGAUGCUGUGCUCACGUGCAUCGUUUUGCUCAGCCUCCAAUAUGGGGAGGGAUUGAUAGUGCUUCUUCCCAUAGCGUUCGAAUGUGUCGCGUUAGCCGUGCUCGUUCGCGUUCGGUUCCCUUCGGCUUCAGUCAGUGAGAGUUUGUCCGCAAUACCGAAAGGAUCGUCGGUUUAGUUUGAAAGAAAAAAUCUAUCAAACCUCGCGUACGGACACAGUGUGUAGUGCGACAGUGCGUGGCCAAGUGUAGCGUGUCCGGUGGCGGGGUGCGCUGCUAAAAUCCGUACGGUCGCGUCACGUUGGUUCGUCCCGGUGCGUGAAAAAUCAUCGCGAUGUGUACCCAAGGGUGACACACGGUCCAUGCACGGGUGAAGACCGAUUGAUUAGAAGUGAAGCGCCUGUAUGACUGCUAUUUGUUUGGUAGGUUUGGCCCGCUCGCUGUCACGGAGUUUGGCCCACUGACCGGCUGACUGUGUGUGUAUGUAUGUGGAUGUGUGUGCGUGUGUGUGGUUUGAAUAUAACGGGUUAAUCGGACCACUGUGUGAUGGAAUCGCACCGAAGGCAAGAUUGAUUGUAGAAUUCGUCUGUUGGAUGCGAUACUAUCCGUCUGCUUCAGCAAGUAUCAGUAGCAGUAUGGCGCAGUUGCAAUUUUGCGUGUGCUUUAACACUUGUGCUCGUUAGGGGCGAUGCGUGAGGCAGCAUGUGUUCAAACGAGGAAGCGAAUGCAAACGUACGUAUCGACCGUACGUGACAGUUGAGUUGGAUUUAUUGAUCGUGCGUGAAAUUGCUCACAACGGUGAUAUCUCGCUGGAAGCAGUAGAGAGGAAACCUAUUCCUUCUUCUUCUCGUUCUCCUUCUCCUCCUCCUUUUCCUCCUAUUCAUACUCUUCCUCCUACUUCUUCUUCUUCCUCUCUUUCCCCUCUUCACCUUCUUUUUCACCACCUACUCGUCCUUCUCUCCUCCUAUUCCUUCUACCCCUCCUAACAAACCUUACCGAUACACAAACAACCAGGCGCCUCCAUCGAUCGACCGUUAUGUGUGGGCUGUCUAUCACGUGGCGAAUGCUACAGAACUUUAAGGGAAAAGAGAUGCUGUGCCAGUGCGUAUUCGCAGCUGCUAAUGGACGAUUGCCCAUUGUCCGGUCUCCAUUAAUCGCCUCAAGUAGUACCAUCGGACAUCGGCUUGGGGUUGACGGGGUGGCCCACUGACGGUUAUCUCUCAGUGAAGCCCCAUCGACCCACACCCACCGGCUGACUUUCGGUGCACGUUGAAUGAUUUUCGAUUUUCCGUGCCUUCGCUUUUGAUUGGAUUUUCUUUUGACCAUCCCUGCACAGUCCAACGGUACCGCUGGCUGGUGAAGCGAGCGUGGAAGCAUGGAAACGUGCGGCGUGGGUGAUAAAUUAAUUAAUUUCCUCCACCAACGGUCCAGUAUCUUGCUGCUUGGUUCGAUUUCGAUUUACUGGUAAAAGCCUGAACGUAAUGGUACGGGAAUAGUACCCCGAGAAGCCCCUUGCCUCGUUGCUGAGGGUUCAUUGCGGCGGGUAUCAUUGUGUCUACCGUUCGAGCUCAGAGAAGCAGAAACCUUGAGAAGCCGAGUUUCGACAAGUUGAAACAAGGGUCAGCAUAAAAGGAAAAUCACACCGAUGUUCCGAGUUUCCGUUAAAUCCACCACGCUUAAGUUGCUAACACGUGGUGCCACGUGGAAGUAAGCGCGCGUAUAGCAAAACUUUGUUGCCACUCACGUUCACUUUUAUCCACGUCCACGUCCGGUACACUCGAGCACAAAAGGUUUUUUUGUGUUUAGUUUCUUUUUGCACGCCUUACCAGCGGUGAAACAUGGCCCAUGGAAGUAGGCCGUGGGGCAACAAAACCCAAAAAUUCACCAGGUGUUAUUUAUACGUCAAUGUGCGUUUUCAUGUACGGUUCGUGUAGCGUGAAGGACGUUAACGCCAUCGAAAAGCUUAUCGACGAGGGGGGACCAGUGAAUUGAGCUUUACAAGUUGCUUCCUCGUAGCAGAGUCCACUGUCCACUGUAUUUCGCGAUAUGGUUCCAUCAGCAUCGUUUGUUGUGUCCUUCGACAUGGGGGGAAAAUGGUUGCGUUUCUGAUGGAAUCGGUGUGAAGUUCGAAGUGUAACGAAUGUGUGUUCUUGUGAGCCGUAGCAUAUGUGAUGGGCCAGUAGUACACCAGCAGUGAUUCCAAUUCACAUUGCUCGCGAUCAAUCAUGUAGUGCAUGUUGCGCGAUUCUGCAACGAGUUCUUUGUCAGUGAAAACCGUGUUUCUAUCUUCCAUCAUCAUCAUCUGCAUUUCAGCAGAUGUACCUCUACUUUCGUGGUGUUUUCCCGGAAAGCUACCCCAAUGGCAAUGUAGCGACCAGCAAAGUUCUACCAUUGGUGCAUCAAAAUUGUGUUACGGUGUAGAGGUGUUUGUGAAGCGUAAACGGCAAGCAAAAAAAAAGAGAAAGAGUGAAAGCAACUUGCCCCGUGGUGAAAAAGUGGAUAAAGCAAAAGAUAGUAAUUAUGUGCAUUAAACUGUGCCCGGGAAUGGCGGGCAUGGGCAGACCAGCGUGGAAAGUGGAAAAGCGGAAGCGCUCGGUGAUGGCGUUCCGGACGCUGAUCGUCCUGUGCGGAUUGUCAGCGGUUCUGUUGGUGGAAGGAACAAGCGGCGUAAAGGAUGGCGAAUAUGAGAACACGCCACUGCAUCAUUCCGAAGCUGUACAGGGCACGGUCGGCCAGCUGGAGUGCAACAUCACGUCGCCAAUUACCGGUGACCGGGCGAUACUGGUGAUCUGGUACAAGGGUGCCCAGACGAUACCGUUCUACACAUUUGAUGCGCGAGAUGUACGGGAAGGAUCACAUCGUAGCUCCAACUCGUCCUUCGAUGGGCGGACCAACUUCUACCCGAACCGAGCGCCAGCCAUGCUGGAGAUUCUGCAGACGAAACCGACCGACAGCGGUAUCUACCGGUGUCGGGUCGAUUUCCAUAAAAGCCCUACGCGUAAUACACGCGUUCAGCUGACUGUUAUAGUGCCUCCGGAGAAGCUGCUGAUAGUGGACGAGAAAGGAUCACACAUUCGUCACUACAUACUGGGACCGUACAAUGAGGGUGCCACGAUCAACAUCACUUGCAUCUCGACGGGCGGUCGCCCAUUACCGAAGGUGCAAUGGUGGUACGAGAAUAAGGUCAUCAAUAAUACCUCCGUCGUGCUGUCAGACAAGCGAGUCAAAAACACGCUCGUGCUACAUCGACUGGAGCGGAAACAUUUGAAAUCCGUUUUCACCUGCCAAGCUGCUAACAACAACGUGACGAAUCCCAUAUCGGCUUCGAUAACGCUUGAUAUGAAUUUACGACCACUCUCGGUACGGUUGCAGGGUAAAAACCGACCACUAUCAGCUAAUCACACUUACGAUCUGCAGUGCGAAGUGCUUGGUUCAAGACCAGCUCCGACCAUCACCUGGUGGAAGGGCAGUACGCAAAUGCGCGGACAUCAUGAAACGACGGACCCGGACGGUAACAUCACCGUAUCGAUACUGAGCUUCCGGCCCACCAUCGACGAUAAGGGCAAAUAUUUGUCCUGCCGGGCAGAGAUGGCCGUCAUACCGGAUGCUGGAAAGGAAGAUGGCUGGAAGCUUGACAUCUACCACGUUCCCGUGGUGACGCUCGAGUACGGUACGAACUACAACUACACCUCCUCCAUCCCGGAAGGGGUCGACGUGUACUUCGAGUGCAACAUCAAAUCCAACCCGUGGGUGUACAAAGUGAUCUGGCGCCAUUACGGUAAAGAGCUGGUCAACAAUCCUUCCGAAGGCGUUACCGUAUCGAAUCAGAGCCUGGUGCUGCAGAACGUGAGCCGUAGCCGGGCCGGACAGUAUACAUGCGUCGGCAGCAACCGGGAGGGUGACGGUGAGAGCAACCCGGUCCAUCUGGACAUAAAGUUUGCGCCCGUUUGUCGACCUGGGCUGGUAACGACGUACAACGUCGGUCGGAACGAGCUGGCCAAAAUUGUGUGCGAGCUGGAAGCUAACCCAAGCAACGUUACAUUCACCUGGAAGUAUAACACCUCCGUGUCGGAGAGUUUAGAUAUUCCUGCCUCGGAAGUGCUGAGCGAUCGGACGAAAAGUGUGGCACACUUCAAACCGGUGACGGAAAAGGACUACGGAACGCUGCUGUGCUGGGGCCGGAACGAAAUUGGCGCCCAAACGGAGCCUUGUUUGUUCAAUCUCAUACCGGCAGGAAAGCCGGAUCCCCUGUCGAACUGUACGAUCCUGAAUCAGACGUUUGACAUGCUGCAGAUUGAAUGCCUGGAAGGCUACGACGGUGGUCUGCCCCAGGUUUUCCAGAUCGAGCUGUACGUGAUCGGAAGCCGGCAGCAAAUAACUUCGAUUAAAUCAACUUCACCUUCGUUCGAUCUGAAAGGACUCGAACCCGGUGUAGGAUAUAACAUUAUUCUCACUGCCAAAAACUCCAAAGGUUCCAGUGAUCCCACCUACCUGCAGGCAUUCACGUUAAAAAAUCCCGAGAAGCAAACGGAUUUGUCCCUCGUGUACUCGCCAGCCCUGUUGCAGAUCAAACCCUUCAUCGGUACGCUGCUCGGUGUGGUAGCCGCCCUCAUAUCGAUCGCUUCCAUCAUCGUGUGCGUGACGCGUCUUCGUGGUUCGGCUGGCCGGGAUCGUGACUGUGGGAGCAACAUGUCGACGAACGAUGCUUCCGGCAUUAGUCAGUCCAUCCCGGAUGCGGAUCUGGCCCGGGAACAGUGUAACGGUAGCAUCGACAGUAUCGAGAAGAACCCCGACAUCAUACCACAAGCGAUACUAACGCACCGGCUGGAAGAAGACGAGAAAGCGUUCGAGUGGCUUAACAAUGCUGCCCAUCCCCGGCUGUACGCAACGGCUGCAAUGGCGGAACAGCAGAGUGGCGGCAUGUUGCCACCGAGUGCGGCCACUGCUACCUACGAUACGCGUGCAUUCUACGCCCUUGCACGAGAUGUCCAGCAGCAGCAGCAGCAGCAACAUCCCCAGCAAAACUGUAUGCAACAGAACGUCUACCCGGUAGCAUCGUCCGACGGGCAGAGUUACAUCCCAAUGCAUGGUACCAUCAUUUCGACGCCCAUCAUCGGUGGAUAUGGUAACGAUGGUCACAAGCACGAUUUGACCUACGCUGAUCUGACGGUGAGCGGCGGUGGUGGGGGUGGUGGUGGUGUCCCGGGUAGUGGAAUGCCGAAGCUCAAUCCUGGCCAACCGCAAAUGUACGUCAGUGCUACCCUGGGCCGACCACGGCAGUCCGACAUCAAGCGGUCCGAGCCAACGAUCUAUGCACAGAUCGAUUUAGCACAUCAUCCCGCCGUACAUACGAGCAACUUAGUGUACACAAAUGCACCCCGUCAAUCGAUACCGAUUUCCCAUGCUACCGGACUUCCGGUCAGUGGUGCUCACCUGCUACAGCAGCACUCGGUGUCGGUACAGUCACCACUUCAAAGGGCACCCGAUUCCGGCCAAUCGUCACUAACCGAGCGCUAUCCACCGCCGCCCCUGUUCGGGGGCACGCUUCCGGUUGGCAACCAGCAGCACUGCUCUAACGAGCCGCCGAGCUUACUUCAAACGGUUCCUGAGCUACCCCACAAUCCUACGGUUGGAGCGUCCAAUGGUGGUGGUAGCAUCACCUCGCAGGAUCAUGCCCCCGGUGGAUUGCCGACGAUCGGUGAGGGCCGAUUGCUGAACCAUGCGACCCGCUUCUGAUAGGAAGUGAAACAGCUCCACCAAACGACUGCCCUCUAGAGUGGUUGAAUGAUGUCCGGCUUACUACUGACCGUGCCGAGGGAGUAUAUAAUGCAUUCCAUAAGUCUCUCGUACAAUACUGCUCAACGCGGGUAUCUUGGCGUUUUGUUACUGAGUUUUUAUUAGAAGCAUUCUAUUAGAAGAAAAGGAAAAAGGCUAAGGAAGAAAAGGACAUACAUACAGUUUGUUACAGUUUGUUCGGUUUUUCAUAUUUAUUUUCUAAUUUUCCUCCAUCGGUUUUAUUGCAUCAGAUAAAAUUAUUUAAUUUGAUUAUAACAAUCAAAGUUAAGUAAAUAAUAAAGUAAAAAAAUAAAACAACCAAAGGGAUCUUUGCCAUACCUUAACGGAAAAUGUAAAACUGGGGAAAAAACGAGAAUGUUUUGUCAAUACUUAAACGACAUGUUCACCAACGGUGAAAACUUACUUGUACAAAGAACACAUCCAAGGUAACGCAACGUAGGGGUUACACAGACUUUUUUACACCAUCUAAAAACCAGAACUCUUUCUAUGCUGUAAAAAAUAUGAAAUUAUGAACGUAUCUAACAAUGAAUCAACGGCCAAAUACACACAAACACACGAAAUCUAUAAGAUGUAUAGCGUACCGUGUGUAAUGAACUAAAUGCAACUGUUAUACUUUUUAUGUUUUGUCCUAUAACCAACGAAUCUAAAACAACAAAGUAAAAUCCCGUAAAAUUAUUCGCUAAUUCGAUAUUAAACACAAAAUAAAACAAAACAAAUGAAAGUGGCAGCAGAAAAUGGUAAACGUAACCGUAACCUUAACACUAUAAGCCAAACUAAACGAAAAAAACAUCUUCUACUAAUACUACUACUAAAGCUGAUAAACGAAGAAACGAAACGGAAACGGUAUGUGAGUGUGUAAGAUAAAUGGUAAGGUGUACGAAAUGAGACGCACGAGAGUGAGCAAAUGUAGUUAACGAUAAAGAACAAAUCAAAUUAGCUAAAACAUUCAAAACGAGGCCGAAUGUCAAUGACAUGUGUCCCAAAAACACGAAUCGUCUGCAGAAAGGUAUGUGUGUUUUCUUUUUUAGUAAAAUGGAAAAUGUUGAUAAAAAAGCAUCCACCAACAAAAAAAAACAGAUAAACAAACACAAAACACAUGCUGGUACGAAAGGUACAAUGGUGAACUUGGUGUAAAAUAUUGUAAUUACAGAGAUUUGCAAAAAAAACGUAUGUUACAGACCCAUUAUCCCUUAUACACAAGAAAGUGAAGUAAAGAUAAACAUAAACUAAAUAACAAUAAACAUAGCAAACAAGGAUAGGAAAAUUAAAAAAAGGCACUAGGUAAAUGAGAUCAUUGGAAGGGGCUGAAGUAGGGAAAAUGAUAUGAAAUUUGAAGAAAAGAAAUAAAAACCGAGGAAAAAUGGUUUGCGAUUUUAGCGAAAAGACAGCAUGAAUGAUUUCUCCCAUGUGUGAGAAAAUGGUUCCGCCCGUGUUGUACGAACAAAGUAAUGUAAUGUUUUGCCUAGAAUGGUUGUAGUUUAGCGUGAAUUGGAUUGUUCGUGGUUCGACCGUGAGUGGUUGACAACUUGUAUAGAAAAAAAACAGUCCCUCUUAAGUGGGCCAUAAACGUUUAGUUUUGUUUGUACAUUAGAUUUGAUUCAUUCUUACACUAGCAAACAUACAAACCGCUGACCCCUUAACGUUUCUAAAUAAACUAAUAAGAAAAGAGCUACCCGGACACCGUUCGUAGCUGCGUCGGUAACUAUGGUAACCAUCUAUAGAAGGAUGCGAUAACAUGUGUACGUAAACGGAUGUAUGAAACGGUGGAAAAGAUUCACAAGAAAAGCAAAUUGUUACUAACAGAUAAGCGUUGACCGGGGAGAAGCACACAUUGAAUGGUAGCGAGCGUACAGAAAAGUCCGCAGUGCUCCUCUUACAUCGAAGGGGAUGAAACGUUUUGAAAUAAAUGAAAAAAGCAGGGAUUAUUUAACUUAA